GUGAAGAAGCUGCGGCGCGUAGCCGGAGAUGAUACAGUGGAGGCAUCUUGGCAGCAGAUCAAGGCAAUCCCAACCAGGUGACCAUCCUUCCUUACACAGGCACUCGAAGGUCUUUUCUUUUCGUGGGAUCACCAGACUUGCAGAAACUGCUGUGGCAUGUCCUGUCUCUUGAACGUGAGCAAGAGUUACUUGUUGUCGGGCCCAAGGGCACCGGGAAAAGUUGCCAGUUGAGGGCAAUUGCGAACAUGUUCUAUGCGGGUGGUCCAGCGAAGAGUGUGAUCGUUUGCAUGUGGAACAUGGAGAAGGCCAGAGCACCGCUGCAGCUACUGAAAUGGCUGCUUGAUGGGCUCCGCUUUGCAUACUCCGGUGCAGACGAGCACAAGCCGGUUCGUGACGCGGUUCACAAAAUGGAAGAAGAAAUGGAGGAGGACGGGGACUUUAGUGGGUCUGGGAACAUAGGAAAAUGGAUGGAGAGGCUUCAGAAGUUUCUCAAGGAGAGGGCAGCAGCUGGGGACGAUUUUACUUUUAUUGCUGAUGGUGAGCAGGCUCUGGACAUUCGUGGCAUCGAGAGACCGGGCGCUAGAGAACUGGAAAACACCUUCCUGACGCUCAAAGCCAUUGUUGAGCCUUACAAAGUCGUGUGGGGCGUGUCUCCUGCAGCACACCAAGCUGUGGCUGCCAACUUGAGUGACUCGGAGCAAGUAGUAGUCUAUCGUGUCAGGGGUUUUACCAAGGAACAAAGAGAAGUCUUUCUUCUUCACUCCGUGCUGGGAGCCGUCGUAACUGGUCAUAAGCAGCGGACCAAGGACAUGGAUUUUUACGCUGGUUUCCAUCCCCAGUUUCUGGAUGUGCUGGACGAGGCUUGCAUGGAGAUAGCUCGGAUUAAGCAGUUAGGCGGAUGCGAACCAGGUAUUGAGUGGGGGGACGGGAACGACUUCAGACUUGCACCACCAGCUGAGCUGGAGCCAAAAGAAGUCGCUAUACUUUUGGAAGACGAGGAGGAUUGGCACAGGGUGCUCCUGCACUUCAUUAACGGACGUACCAUGUCUUCCAUCCGCAAUACGGUUGAAAGUAUCGUCAAAAGGCCGGACUCUUCAACAACAACUUGCGACUUCCACCUGCGAUCGGAAAUGAUCAGUCAGGAUCCCAGAUACGCACUGUCAGAAGAUAAGUUCUGCUCGCCUUUCGUGGAGCAGAUCUACGUAGAGGAGUUUCGAAAGGCCUGGAGCUGUUGCUAGUCCCAGUCUACAGGGAUAUGAGACUUGAUAGGAAUAGAGAAUAAUCUUUUUUUCUUCCGAAACAAGCUGGUUUUGGGGAUCCAGUAAUUUUUCAAAGAUGAAUUAUC